AUGCCACGUUCUCAGAAUCUUUGGAAACAAUUGUUUAGGCAGAUCUUGAGCAAUAAGAGUAGCACCUUAAUGAGGAUUCAUCAAUGCUAUCAGUUACCCUUGGAAGACCAAAAACCAGAGAUGCUGAGAAAUGGAUUUCAUGGUACAAGUUGUUCCAUCAAGUUUUUUGAAGGGGCAUAUUUUGA